CGUGUUCUUCUUCUGUUUUCUUUCAAGGACAUAGAUGGUGUGGAGUAUUCUUGUGCUCUUGUCUCCUGGUUUCUGCCUACUUCUGAUCAUCCAUGUGAAGAGACAGGGAUGUGGAUAGUGGAACCUCAGGUGGAUGAGUUUGGACAUCAGACUGUGUCUGUUGUCCAUCUUGACUGCAUUCUACGGGCUGCACACCUUAUUGGUGUUGCUGGUAAAGAUCCUAUUCCCACUAGGCUAAAACAUACUGAUAGUUUAGAUGCAUUUACUGCCUUCUAUGUAAAUAAGUAUGCUGACCAUCAUGCACAUGAAAUUGCCUUCUAA